AUGAAGAAAAUUGUGGCUCCUGUCCCCAACCAGGCGUUGGGUGACAAUGUAAACAGUGCACAGAUGCCAACUAUUUCAGAUAAUGCGACCAAAGAACAGACGGGCGACCAGGCUCCUUCCUUUUCUAACACACGGCCGAAUACACCAGUCCUCGGUCCUGCAUUGAAACUUGGAGCCGGUGUUGGAACUCUGGGUCUCCUUACUGGAGCUGCAGCUGGUAUCAUACGCUCGGCGCCCGUUGGGUUAUAUGCGGCUACAACUGGUAUUCAGUGGUUUGUCCUGAGUUCCACUUUCUGUGGCGGACCGAGAAAUGUCAUACCGGGUGCCAUCAUCUUUUCAUUGCUCGGCCUAGGUGGUGCGGCUCUUCAAAACAAGCUCAAGUCGAGGGAGCAGUCAGAGAGUUGGUUCCGCAAAGUCAUUGACGGGAAAUGGAGCCCCAUCACCCGCAUCACUAACGAAGAUUGGGAGAGGAUACUUGAGGAGAAGCUGCUGCGAGUUGAGACAGAGAUUGCCGUCUUGGAUGAUUCGAUUGCAGAGCUGCGCAAGAACGAAAAGAAGACCUAG